AUGGCACAGACACCCCCCAGCAUCAACGAUCUCCCCGACAGUGGUGCUCAUUCCCCUCCAGCUGCACAGAGUGCUGUUGAGGCUGCUACCAUCGCCGCUGCCGCCCCAUACCACUAUCCCCACGUCCCCUUGGUCGACGCGCGCGCGGCUGCGCUGCGCCAGACGUUCAGCGUAAACCUCCACCCCACGCGCCCCAUGAGCGGACCUGGCACUGUACUCAGUGUUGAGGAGUUCUUCGACCUCAUCAACGCGGUCAACCUUGACCACUCUUCGCGUGGCUUGCCCACCUACAGACUGGUUGUUAUCGGCGAACACACUCAGGAAGACCUUCGCAACAAUGUCUAUGAGUCUCCCAAGCGUCUGUACGUUCGCAUGAUGGAGGGCAGAUGGCAAGGUUUGGCGACUUUCUUUCCCAGAAAUCCCACUGACGCUGGCAACUCGUCGUCCCUGGCCACAAAAGUGGAAGACGACGACGAGAUGUCCAUCGCCAUUCAUCAGAGUUACAAGAUCACAACCCUUGCCGACUUGUUCCGCGGUGAUGGCGUUGAUGAAGAGCUUGCUCUCGCCCUUCGUGAGAGUCUCAGGGUACAAACUCGUGCUGACUGGUGCCUUGGUGGUGCUGUCGGCCAUGCUGGCCCUUCAACUCAUGCUGGCCCUUCAACUCAUGCUGGCCCCUCGAGCCGCGCUGCAACCCCCGGCCAUGAUAACACUGUCCAAGACUGGUAUGUUGUACUCACUAGGGGUAAUGGUAUUGAUACUGACACUCUUUCUCAACACAGCACCCAGGAGAAAGGCGUUACCCACUCGCAGAUCUCUGAUCUGCCCACAGCCCCUGGCGGCUGGCAAACCUGGUUUGACGACCACACUCUCAUUGAGAACAACUCCUCCGCCGCCAUGCAGUCUUCUACCACCGAGCAGGCUCAUGCUCUCGGCCCUCUCGCCUCCGAGUUGCCUGAUCUUAUCCGCCGCUUGACCAAUGCCAACGAGCCUCAAGAACCCACCGUCACUGCCGAGGAGGUUGAUGCUCCUCGUGCUCUCGCCUCCGAGUUGCCUCGGCCCAUUCGUGGAGUGACCGUCGUCAGUGAACCUGUCGAGCCAGUUGACUCCGCCGCCACAAAGUCGGGUACCAACGAGCAGGCUGAUGCUCCUCGCUCCCUCGCCUCCGAGUUGCCUGAUCUUAUCCGAGGUUUGAACAAUGCCAACGAGUCCGAAGGGGGUUCCACCACUGCUGCUGCACCAUCAUCUACUGUCAGCGAGAGUGGUGGACUCGGCCUCGCCGGUCCUGUCCCUGUCCUCGAACCGCGUAUGCCCACUCAAGAGUUCGCCGGAGCCUCUACUGCUGGACAUUCGAACUCGUCUACAAGCAGCCAGAGUGAUGCAUUUCGCCCAUUGCACGAGAUCUCCCAGGAUGUUCCCGAGGAAGCAACAUUCGUCACAGAUGGCGGACGCUCCGAAGCUCCCUCUGUCAACGCAAACAACAACAGUGAUGCGCGCCUACCUAGCGCCGAGCGCCGACUCCCUCCUGCUCUCGGUCGCGUUCGCUACUGCUCUUCCCGCGACAAUGCCCAAUUCGACUAUCAAUUCGCUCACGGCACCUCCAGAGCUCAAGUUUUCGCCACUGCCGUCCAAGACAUUUCCGCUGGAAUUGCACACAUCCUCAGCAGCGAAAAUGCCGACCUGCCUGCUCUGGAAGAUAUUCACGAGACUCUCAAUGCGCUUAGCCAUGCCGGGUUCAGCACAAAUGCCUACCAGCAGGAGCACGUGCCCGUGGAGCGCUCCAUGACUCUAGUCAGGGCCAACAUGGACCUCGAAGGCUUAUCCAAUAUCAUGAUGAGAGCUGCAGAACUUCUGGUCUUCCUUGACCAGACAACCCUCCCCCGCAUCGAGGGGUACCCAGACGAUCUGCAGGACCACCUCAGAAUCGUCUUGUGUGUCUUGAUUGACAUGUGUCGCAACAUUCAUUCCAAUCAGACAAGUCUCUUCCUCGGCUACAUCCUUGGCGACCCCAGAGUGCACAACUCUAGAUUCUUCGGCAGUUUUUUCUCUCGCGCCAGCAACACCUCUGCCAACCACGCCACUCAAGAGGAUGUUCCCUCUGUGGACCCCGAGAGCACUUCCCAUUGGGGACAGUGA